UUUAUAUAUAACAAGUUAAUAGUAAACACUAGUUCUAAGUGCGAGUUUUUUACGGAAUAAUUAUUAUAUAAGUUUGUUUAAGUAAAAAAAAUUCUUUAAUAUAAAAAUUGUUAAAAUAUCAUUUUAUUAUAGAAUAAUCAAAAUGUAUUUUAAAGGAAGAUUAAUUGUUUUUAUCGUAUUUACUGUGAUAGUUAGGUGUUAUGGAAGGCCACAAGAAGAACCUACUUCAAAAUCAGUAGAAAAAUUCGAGCCUUAUGAAUAUGAGUAUAAAGUAGAUGAUCAGCCUAGUGGAAAUUACUUUGGACAAAAUGAAUCAGGAAAAGAUACAGGUCGAGUAGAAGGUUCCUAUUUUGUUUACUUGCCAGAUGGUAGACUUAUGACUGUAUCUUAUUACAUCGACGGGGAAAGUGGUUUUGUACCAAAAAUUACCUUCCAAGACAAUGCAAAUCCAUUUGGCCAAAGUGCACAUGCAGACAUAAGUAAAGCUCAAACAAGAUAGAUAAUUUAUAUAAUAAUAAUUAUACAAACAAAUAUAUUCGAUUUCAAGACAACUUAUUAUUGUUUUAUUCUAUUUUAAGAAAUUGAAAAAAUAUAAAUUAUAUGUAUGAGCUUAUAAGACGAUCUUUAAAAAAAACUGCCGAAAAAAAUAAACUCGGGUAAUUAGUGAAAUAUACAAUGCUAUUAAAUAUAUUUUUAUUCUAUUAUUAAUUUUUCAAACAUACUUAAAUCAAAUAAAAUUGCUAUUUUGUACAUUGUUAUAUUGUAUAUACAUUUUACGAUUUAUAAUAAAAUAUUUAUACAGUU